AUGGCUGGAGCUUCCGACAAAAAGCAGGCCGCGGCCAAUUCUUCUAUCUUGAAGCAGCUGCAUCUUGCCUCUGUCGUGGUGAACGUGGUGGCUCUACUUGCGCUUUUUGUUUUGCACAGGCCCGCAGCUAAAAAAUACUACUUUAUAUUCAGUCUCCCGGGCUUGGGCUGUCAGUAUGUGCUCGAAAAGGUGGGCAGGCCCAAAUACCACAUGAAUCCUCAGGGAUACAGCGUUCUAUCUUCUGCUGGACAGGAUCUACAACAGCAGGGUCUCACAGAGUACAUGAUCGACAUUGUUUAUUUGACACUGGCAAUUGACGUUUUGAUGGUCCUUUUCGGUUCCAACAAGGCCUGGCUGCUUCUGCUGGCUGUGCCUAGCUACGCUGGAUACAAAUUGAAGGGUUUCAUUUCGCCAUUCUUUGCCCGCAGGCAGAAAGAAGAGCAAAUAGAGACAGAGCCCGUGAAAAGCAAGCGGCAGCAAAAGUUGGAGAGCAGGAAGACCAAGGUCAGAUACAGGUGAGAGGAACACGUGUGAGUGUGGGUCCGAGACCAUCUCAGCAGCACAGCCGUUUAGAUUACAAAUUAUUUAGCGGAAGCCAGGUAAAUGGUGCAAGUGUAGCCAAUGCAAUGCUCUCCAUCACACGCAGUGCACACGAGAUUCGGUUCCGGUGUACAGAUGUGACAAUAUUUUUUCCGGACGUCACGUUACGAGCCCGCAAAGCCCCUUCCGGUGGUCGCGAAUAUUCCAAUCAGCAGGCUCCAGCAGAUCGCCUCCAUCUUGUUGAGUU